AUGUAUGCCUUCCCCUUUCACCCUAAGGAAUCCAUUUUAUCCCCACCUGCAGCCCUAAGUAGCUUCUCUCGUCCAAUUACCUCUUGUCUGCCAUGUCGUAGUCGCAAGGUCAAAUGUGACCGCCGACAACCGCAAUGUUUGGUGUGUGAGCGAGGCGAAUAUGCCUGUUCUUACGUGUCGAAGCCCCAGUCGCCGGGGCUGGCCUCAGAGUCGGGCCGGAUCACCAAACUAAGCAGUGCCCCUAAGAUCUCUUCAUCCACGCUAGCGCGAAUCAAUCCUGGUCUUCAGCGUCUUGGUGACUUCAUGGCACAAGCGAAAGCAUAUGAGGCACCGGAGUAUAGUCCCUCGUCGCUGGACUCAUUCACACCUGCACAAUCGACACCCGCCCCUCAUAAUGCAUCACCUCCACGGCCGCAAUCGCAAGAAGAUGCACUGAUUCUCGAUAAUGGAGUCCCCCACUUCAUCUCCGGCAAACAUUGGGCCUGGAUGGCUGCAGAGGCGCUCGAAGAUGUUAUCUGGGACGCGGAUUCCCCUAUAGCUAAUGGUGCUACCUUCUGGCCCGAUACACGAGAGGAUUGUUAUUUGCUCCUGAAUGUUUUCCUGGCUAAUGUCGACCCGAUUCACCGAAUUGUCCAUCGGCCGAGUUUGGGCCGUCGGUUUGACACAUUUGUUCGCACCCAUUACCUUUUAGAGAACGAUCACAUCCCUAUCAUGACGGGGACUAGUAGCAAUAUGAUUUUCCACCCGAAUAACAUGGACCCAUUCGAGCCGCUGGCCAUGUCCAUCUUCUAUGCGGCCGUUAACAGUAUGAAGGAUACCGACAUGGUCACCGCGUUCGGCACUAAUAGGUCUUACCUCCUGAAUCGAUACCGCACGGGAACGGAAGUGCAUCUGAAACGGCAGAAAUUUAUGACCUCAAGGAGCUUUGAGGUUUUGCAGGCAUUUGUGAUUUUUCUGACCGCGCAAUAUCGGGAAGAUGACCUGGGAAAGGUAUGGCCGCUGACUGGACUGGCUAUUCGGAUGGCGACAGUCCACGGACUCCACCGGGACCCUUUAGCCCUACCGCUGGGCACGAUGGAUGUUAUACAGGUGGAGCUGCGCCGCCGCCUAUGGGCGCAAAUCUGCUACUUGGAUUUUCGCGCAGCGGAGGAUCAUGGGUUUGCACCUUCGAUUCACGGGUCGGACUUCGAUACACGUCGACCUGUCAGCCUAGAUGACGUCGAUCUGGUCGAAGGGGUGGCGCCCUCGGUUAGACUCUCGGAUGUCCCUAAAUUCACUGACAUGACCAUAUAUCUUCUUCGGACCACCGCAGUCCAGUAUUACGGGCGCAUUAUUCAGGUGACGCAUGCUUCGCGAAAGGGACUACGCACCAACCCCCGCGGUGUGGGCGAGGCCGAAGCAUUAACGGAGCUACUAGGCCUGUUCAACACUGCUGAGACUAUCGCCAGCGAGUUUGAGAAGGAUCUGGACGAUCUCGUUCGAUACUGUGAUAAGAGGGUGAGUAUGCAGUCAAUGGCCUUAGACUUGAAAAACCACUUGAAAUCCAAAUUCUGGGUCAUGUUCUGGAUUCAAAUCCCCCGACAAGAUCGUGAGAAGGUCAUCAGUCCCGCUAUGAGAAGAAAUAUAUUCGUCGAUGCCGCCACAGCCGUCGAGAACUGGUGUACAAUCGCCUCCAGCAAGGCCUGUGAACCCUUCCAAUGGCAUAUAUUCUCCCACGCCGGCUUCUACUUGAUUCUCUACGUACUCUCCGAACUCCGCAGUCCCGGCUUCCAAUCCCCGGAGUGGGCCGAUCUCUGUCAGCGAGGCCUCCAAUUAGCGAACGCCAUCUACGAGAUUCGGGGUCAGCAUACCACCGGUGCAUGGCCCGCAAUUAUUUGGUUGGUGAAUCGGAUUCGAUUCCAGCAGGGCCUCGGUUCUGGUAUCGCUAGCAACCAGCCAACUGGGACUGGUUUAUCUGAGAACAAUUCUCCCAUGUCGAAGGAGUCGUUUCCUGCUGCUCCUCCAGGCUCGGCUGUGAUAGGCCUUGAGACGACGGAUUUCAUGGGUCUGGUGAAUCUGGAGGAGUUCGAUUUUGCGGACUUCGCCAGUUUGGGUCCGAUGGGGUACCAUGGGUUGUCACAGUGA